UCUGCCGAUCUAAAUUCCAGAUGUGGGGAGUCGAGGAGACGCCGGUUUCUCCGACCGUCCGACGUCGCUCCCUCCGCCGGUUUCGCCCGUCGCUCCCUCCGCGGCGCCGUAUGAGCCCAGAUCGCCACCACGUACGUCCACAGCACGAGCCUAGCUCGCCCCUCUCUCCAUCUCCUUCGCAGCCUCCGAGGUGGGUUCUGCGGCCCCCGAUGCCUCAGCAGCCUUCGACCGUUGCCUCUCACCCCGUCGGCGCCGCCCCCAUCCCAUCGACGCCACUCCCCACCCCUCCAGCGCCGCAUCAGGGAAUCGCGCCGCCGCCCGCCGUAGCGCGUGUCGUGGCUGCUGGCAUCGGUCGUGGGCGACCAGCUACCACGCAUCAUCUUCCUCAUGCCGAGACUAGUUUGGAGACGGUCACACUGGCGGUCAGCGUCAUCCGCGGCAGCAACGACACUACGUUUUUUGGCUUUCUUACUAGUAAUCAGCUGGAGUCUCCAAGCUGCGCUAAACAAUUAGUAGUCUUGCAAAACACAAACAGGAGCUUGUGGGAAGCAAAUAGGCGUUGCAGUGGAUUCUGGGAUAGCCCAAUCGCUAGGGCUUACUGUGGGUCCAUGAGAUGACAUAGAUGAGUUUGUAUUGGGCCACUCCACCGUUGGACUAAAGAGUGGAUUCUCCAUUGCGAUGGACUCACUAUUCAAAGUGUGUCUCCAUACUUCCCUUGAUCGUUUUUUAGCAGCUUUCAUUGCCUCUUUACGGGAUUGAACUUGAUUGUAAAGCCUUUGUCGCUUACUCUUUGGUCCCGUUGCUCAGGUGUCAUGUUUGCGUAUGUCAUUUUUGAUCUUACACGAUCGACUAUUACUUGCUCGUUUAUUAACUCUCUAUUACGUGAAGCAUCAGUCAAUUGUGACAGCAUUUCUUGAUUAAGUAUACUACGAGCAGUAAUUACUUCAUCCUCCUCACCUACAUAAAUUGAGCAGUAAUUACAACAGAUUAUCCAUCAAUGAUCCUC